UAAUCAUAAGAUCCGAUUGUGAAACAGAGAGAGGUUUCUCCUUUUUUGGGGUUAUGGUGGUGGUGGUGGGGGAUUUGUCGUUCUUAAUUUGCCAACGCAGGAAACAGACAAACAAAAACACAUCCCUUAAAUUUUAAAGGACUUGUCAUUUCUUGUUAUGGAUCCCUAAUAUUCUCUACGCAACAAGGGGAUCUUCCUCAUUUCAUGGGGGUGCGCUGAGUUUCUCGAUCCAUUUUUUUUUGGAACCAUUUCUGGUUCUGUUCGCGGAGGUUAUGGAGAUGGAGGAGGGCAAUAAGUCUGAAACUAGUCUUACAUCAGCUGCUGCCUUUGUGGAAGGAGGUAUACAAGAUGCCUGCGAUGAUACUUGCAGCAUAUGCCUCGAGGAGUUCACUGAUAGUGAUCCUUCAACGGUGACCUCUUGCAAGCACGAGUAUCAUCUUCAAUGCAUCCUCGAAUGGUGCCAGAGGAGCUCUCAGUGUCCCAUGUGUUGGCAAGAUGUUAGCCUGAAAGAUCCUGCCAGUCAAGAAUUGCUUGAAGCAGUGGAACGGGAGAGGAGAUUUAGGGUUACUUCAUCAAGAAAUUCAGCCGUAUUUCAUCAUACCACACUUGGUGAAUUCGAAUUGCAGCAUUUACCAGUUGGUGCAAGUGAUUCUGAACUUGAAGAGCGGAUAAUUCAGCACUUGGCAGCAGCAGCUGCCAUGGGAAGAGCCCACCAAAUUGGUAGGAGGGAAGGCCAGAGAAUUCGAUCAUCUGCUCACGGCCGCCCGCAAUUCUUGGUAUUCUCUUCUCAUCCAAAUGCACCAGAAUCUGGUUCUGUUCCAUCCUCUCUAGUUCAAGUAGAAGGUCAAACUGAACCAGCUGCAAUCAAUGUUGUCACUCCAUCCAUUCCCCUGUCUUCCGGUCGGGAUGAGUCAGUCCAGCAUAUUUCUCGAACUCGAUCUAGUCGAACUUUUCAUUCUGCAUCUGGGUCUAGCUCAAUGCCAACAAAUAGACGGGGAUUGUCCCUUAAUAAUCAUCGAAACAUCUCUGGUCCUUCCUCACCAUCAAAUCAAGAUGGAGCAGGAUCAUCAGACUUCCAUUCUUUCUCUGAGUCCCUGAAAUCUAGAUUUAAUGCUGUGUCAAUGAGGUACAGGGAUUCAAUUUCAAAGAGUGCGAGAGGGUGGAAAGAAAGGUUCUUCUCCCGUACUUCGAUGUCUGAUAUUAGCUCUGAAGUUCGAAGGGAAGUGAAUGCUGGAAUUGCUAGUGUAUCUUGCAUGAUGGAGCGUCUUGGAAGUAGAGAAAACAAUAGACCCGGCCAAGCUUCUUUAUCAUCCGAUCACUCCACUAAUUGUCCAGUGACAGAGGAAAACCAGCAGAACAAUGCAGUGGGUCGCAGAGUAGACUCUUUGGAUGAGAGUAAUAUCCGGCCUCCUCCUUACGUUCCAAGUGCUGGCUCCAUUCCAUCUUAAUUCAUUAUAUGUCGGUUCAGCGAUGACAUCAAUCCUCAGUGUUUCGUUUUUUUGAAGGUUGUCAAGUGGUUUCUCUGAAAUGAAAUGAUGAGAGGAGGAGAUGCAGCCGGAUCGGGUUACGGCAAUGUGAGAAAUAAAGGAGAGAUGAAGACUUGUAUAACCAACCAGGUUUUACUGAAUUUGUUUAUAACACCAAUUUUAGAACAGACGACAGAGUAUAUAUAUAUAUAUGUCAUUUAUGUAUUUAACAAUGCCUUGCCUGGCCAUUUUCUAACCAGAAUGAAAAUGGUUAUCAGAACUCGAUGGAACUUGAAAAGCUUGUAUGUUCUUACUUGGGAGUUUGGGAAUAAUAUAUCUAUAUAUAUAUA